GUUUUCGUAGGUAUAAUGCCCGAACCUAAUUAGCACAAUAGAGAUUAGUUUGGUCGUAGCCUAUUUUCUCUAAUCACACUGCUCCCGGGAGGUCGCCAGUGUGAGUUAUGCGUGUGCUGAGGUCUCGGUAAUUUUUCACAACAGCGCUUAUAAUUUGGUCGUACAGAAUGAAUAGGAAAGCCCUCAUCGAAGUAGGUGAAGACGAGCAGGAACGCCGUUUACAGCUAAACAAGCUUUCACUUGUCGAACUGACCGUUCAAGAUGAGUCGCGACAUGGACAAUACGUUAUGGCUAUCAUUGGCAAGAUCCGUGUAGCAAAUGUAGGAUUUGAAAAAUUCGUAUUUGCUCGUGUUACAUUCAACAAUUGGGCCUCAUUUCGAGACUACAGCGGAUCAUAUAUAGAAAGUAGCCCAGACGGUACAGGUGACAUCUUCGCCUUUGGAUUCACUCGUCGUGAUAAAAGGCCAGUCAACGUUGAAUUUGCAUUAUCGGGCUCAUUGGAAGGAAAAGAGUAUUGGGAAAAUAACAACGGUAAAAAUUACUGUUUUCACUUAAGUGAAGAUCCUCUUAAUGACAUAGCAACUGGAGAAUCCGAACCGGGCGUUGUAACGACCUGGCGAGUAGCAGAAGGAAGUUCUCCAGAUAAACAAGAGGAAAUUGUCUUUGAUACAUCUAGUUAUCCACAUUUUGAAGCUCACCCCUUAACGCCAACCAAACUCAGUUAUUAUACGACGUUGCAUCGGGCGCCAGAAGAAGAAGUUGUUCCCAGCAAAGCGCCUGAUACAAAACAUAUCCGUGCCUUCAAUGCAUUGGCAAUUGGAGAGUUGUGCGAAGUUGAAGACAAACCCAGCAAUCCAGAUGAUGGAGCUAUCGAGGCGAUAACUGCUACUUUUGCGGAAACGGGUGUUUGCAUGACCGGCGAAGAAACGCAAGAUGGAAUCGAAGUUCAAGCAACGGAACCGACACAAGAUCAACAAACAGUUGAAGAUCCCAUUGAACCGAUUAAAAUCACCAAACCGAUAGACGACGAAUCGCCUGAUGACGUUUUUGAUAAAUUAGAAAAUCCGAAAGAAGAAAUGCGAGUUGACCUUCAAAUCAUUGAGGAACCUGGUGACGGAAACAGGCCAGAUGGUGAGAGAAAAGAUACCGACUUGACGGCAAACGAUGCUGCGGGUCAACAACUAACAGAACAAGACCCUAGUAAGAAAAAAGACAAAAAACAAACAAAGGAUGAAAAAAAGAAAAAGAAAGAGGCGAAGAAGCAGGAGAAGAGCGACAAAAAGGAAAAGAAAAAAUCUAAAAAGAGCAAAGCUCCUCCAGUACCCCAAACUCAACAAAACGAAGAUCAAAAACCAGAUUCUGAAACACAAGAACAGAAAAAUGGAAAGGAUAAAAAUCCUGAUCUCCAAAAUGGCGACGACCAAUCAGUUUCAAGUAAAAAAGAAAAAAUAGGAGACGAAGAUUCCCCAAAGAAGCCAAAGAAAGGUUUUCUUACGAAAAUGGCGUGCUGUGGAAAGGCCGAACCAGACUGAUCUCGUCUGAUGUGGUUGACUUAUUACUUUGUUUUAUGAAGAGUAAAACCUAUAACUUUUUGUUUUAUCUAUGUCAGUAUUACGGGUCAUCGUUUUUGGCACUUGAUGUACUAACUACUAAUGCACAUUUUCAUAGCACUUCGUUUUGGCAAAAAAAGAAAUUUUUAUUUA